AUGGUCGAGAAGCACAACCCUGAGAACUUGUCCCGGCAGUCCACCUUGCGGCAGACUGCUGGGGUAUCGGAUGGCUUCAACUACAGCCAUGACAACGCGAGCAGCCCCUUGGACCUGGGCGCGAGUGACGAGGCGCCUCCGGCCUAUGGCGAGGUGCAUGAUCAACUAAACUUGUCCCAGGCUGGGUUUAAUGCCGGUGCUGCAGUCACAGAUGAUGGUCGUGUCAACAUCAAUAUCAGCCAGACCAACCGGAGGCUGUCUGAGCUUUUGGCCCCAGCCUUGAAGAGUCAGCUACUGCCAUCUCAGAAGACUCCUUCAGGGCCUCUACCACCAGCAUACAUACCACCCAGCCUGGGUGGCCUACCUGGUCAAACACCACCUCCCAAACUAAAUCUGGUCAUCCAGAUCGUCGGCUCACGUGGUGAUGUCCAGCCAUUUGUUGCGCUAGGAAAGGUGUUGAAAGACACUUACGGACACAGGGUGCGGAUUGCGACUCAUGCCACCUUUCAGAAGUUUGUCGAAGAGAAUGGACUGGAGUUCUUUUGCAUCGGUGGUGACCCUGCCGAGCUCAUGGCCUUCAUGGUGAAGAACCCCGGUCUCAUGCCUGGAAUUGACGCGCUCAAGAGCGGCGAGAUCACCAAGCGGCGGAAGGGCAUCGAGCAGAUUGUUCUUGGAACCUGGCGUUCCUGCAUCGAGGCUGGUAAUGGACUGGGCCCGCCCGUCGAGACGGACCUAUCAAACGAGCCCCUGGGAGAUGACUACAGUCUACCUGGAAACCCUGAAGACAAGCCGUUCGUGGCCGAUGCCAUCAUUGCAAACCCGCCAAGUUUUGGCCAUAUUCACAUCGCUGAGAAAAUGGGUAUACCGUUGCACAUGAUGUUCACGAUGCCGUGGUCACCCACGCGAGCAUUCCCACACCCUCUAGCCAACAUCCAAAGUACCGAUACUGAUACUGUUAUGACCAACUUCGUCUCCUACGCCCUAGUAGAGAUGAUGACAUGGCAAGGAUUGGGGGAUGUCAUUAAUCGCUUUCGGACCAAGGUACUUGACCUCGAACCACUGUCCCUGAUCUGGGCCCCAGGCCUUCUGUCACGCCUACAAAUCCCGACGACAUAUUGCUGGUCUCCAGCCCUCAUCCCUAAACCUAACGACUGGGGGCGCGAAAUUUCAAUAUCCGGCUUCUAUUUCCUCGACCUAGCCACUUCCUACACGCCCGAGCCCGAGCUGGCAGCCUUCCUUGAGAGUGGUCCACCUCCUGUCUACAUUGGCUUCGGCUCCAUCGUUGUCGAUGACCCUAACAAGCUCACGAGAAUGAUCUUCGAUGCCGUCACUCAGGCAGGAGUCCGAGCUCUUGUCUCUAAGGGAUGGGGCGGCAUUGGGGCCGACUCUGUGGGUAUUCCUGAAGGUGUUUACAUGCUGGGCAAUUGCCCGCAUGACUGGCUGUUCAAGAAGGUGUCUUGUGUGGUCCACCACGGUGGUGCCGGCACAUCUGCCGCAGGCAUCAAGACUGGGACGCCGACCGUUGUGGUCCCAUUCUUUGGUGAUCAACCGUUCUGGGGGGCCAUGAUCGCGAAGGCUGGCGCUGGCCCGGCUCCCAUCCCUUACAAGCAGUUGACUGCGGAGAAGCUGGCCGAGGCCAUCACCUCGGCUUUGAAGCCUGAGACCCAAGCAAGGGCAAAGGAGCUUGGUGAGAAGAUUAGGCAAGAGAAGGGCGCAGAUCAGGGCGCCAAGAGCUUCCACGACUUCCUCGAUUACGACAAUCUGCGGUGUUCUAUCGCUCCUAGUCGUACAGCUGUCUGGCGCGUCAGGCGAACGAAGGUCCGACUGAGUGCUCUGGCGGCAGCGGUACUUGUGAAAGAGGAGCACGACACAGAAGAGCAGCCAUGGGAUCCGAUAUCCGCUGUAACGGCAGCCCUUGUAGGAGACAUGGGGAGCAUCGCCAUGGCUAUUGGUGACAUACCGAGAGAUUGGUACAAGACUGUGAAGAAGUCCUCUAGUGGAUCGGUCACUCCAAAGAAAGACGACAGCUCAGCAACAUCGAACGAUGCUGCCUCGUCCUCUCAGCUCACGCUUCCUUCCGAUGGGGCUAGCACCUGGUCAGCCCAACCGUCGGCACUCCUGAGCCCUCCGGCGCAGUCGGACACAUCAAGCUCCCAAGGCCGAGACCCAUCUAUCCUAGGAGGAUCUACGCUUCAAGCCUCCAGUGCUUCAAAAUCUCCCGUCAGAUCUCCUACCAGGUCCGCCACUUCUCCGUCACCUUCAGGCCCCAGCAGCUCCCAAGGUGGGAAGCCGAAGAAGAACAUCGACGUCGAGACCGCGCUUGGAAUGGGCCUUGACACUGGCAAGAACGUCACCCGUAUCGUCGAGACAGGAUUCAAGUCUCCGAUGAAUUUCUGUAUGGGGCUGGCCAAAGGGUUUCGCAACGCGCCUCGAUUGUACAAUGAUGACACUAUCCGCAAACCGGACAAAGUCACCGGGCUUGGCAGCGGAGUGGUGGUUGCGUGGAAGGAGCUCGGUCUCGGUUUCUACGACGGCGUCUCCGGGCUGGUAACGCAGCCAUACAAAGGAGCACAGAAGCAGGGCGGUCAGGGAUUCAUCAAGGGUGUGGGUAAGGGUAUUGGUGGGUUGAUCCUCAAGCCUGCUGCUGGCAUCUGGGCGAUACCCGCAUACAUGAUGAAGGGCGUGCACGCAGAAAUCAGAUCGAAGUUCCACCACAGCGUAGACAAAUACGUGGUCACCUCGCGAAUACUGCAGGGUCAAGCUGAUCUUCGCUCUGCUAAUGUUGAAGAGAUGCAGGACAUCAUCGUGCGGUUCAACUCCAUGAGCUCUGAAUUGAGGGGCUUGUAUGUCCUCAAAUACAAAGAGAAGGUUGGCGCCAACGAAACACCCUCUGGCCUGGCAUCGACCGCAUCCCAGGAUGAUCUCGAUAGAAUUCCGGACUCACCACCAAAAACGGGCUUCUGGAACACAAGGCACAUGUCGUUGGAGGAGAGAAGGAAGCUGCACGAGCAGAGGGACGCGUGGAAGAAGAAGAAGAGGGAAGAAGCGGCAGCAGGGGUUCAGCCUACCGCGGAGCCGGAAGAUCCCGGCAUGGAGCGAGCCAUCCGCGAAUCCGUCAACCAGACAUCCCGCGGCGACCCCAAUGAGGACGCCAUGAUCGAGGCCCAGAUCCGCUCUAGCGUCAAGGAGAUGCGGCGCAUCGCGGAAGAGCAGAAGCAGCAGGAGCAGCAGAGGCAGAUGGGCGACUGGAAGCAGAGGCCGUCGGAGCCAAGUGAGCCGCCCGCGUGGGCGGACGAGAAGAGGGUCGGGCUCGGUGCCGGCGGCGAGGAAAUCACGGACGAGGAGUUUGAGGCGCUGAUCGCGGAGGCGGCCAGGCAGAGUGUCAUUGCGCAAGGGCACAGCACCGAGGACGAGUCCUUUGAGCGAGCCCUGCAGGAGUCGAGAGAGACUGCGCAGGGCCACGGGGAGGGUGGCCAGGACGAGGAACUGCGCAAGGCACUGGAGGAGUCUGAGCGAGCGCACCAGGCGGACCUCGCGCGCAGGACGACCGAGAGGUCCGAGGAGGAAGUGAUCAUGGAGUACGUCAAGAAGCAGAGCUUGGCUGAGGAGGAGUUCCGGAGGCAGAAGGCCAAGGGAAAGCAGCCUGAGGGCGCUGGUGGAGAUGAUGAAGACGACGAGGAUCUGAAGAAGGCCAUCGAGGAGAGCUUGACUCUGAGUGGCAAGCAGGGCGGCCCUUCUGCAUAA